UGUUGUAGUUGUCCGUGUUUUUUUCGUCCUGUCCUAAUAAUACAUUCUUGUUUUCGUUAGAAAAUAGCAAUGUUAUUAUUAUUAUUAUUCUCCGCCGUUGCCUCCGUUGAUAACGGCCUAUUCGUGAAUUCGUGAUAGCGUGGGGCAGUGGGCACUUGUUAGCUGUUGUUAGGCGUAGACGCGUACUGACUACCGAGGAUAUUAUAUUGUCUCAUUGAAUAACACGUUUCAAGUUAAUUACGCUUACUCGAGCCGGGAAACGUAAAUUUCAGUCUAUAUUUUCCGUUUUCCGUUAUCUAUAGACAUACCAUCACGAUCACAGUAUCACACAUGAGUCAUUGCCGAGUUAACCGCGAUAUAGUUUUUUUCCACGCGCCCUCAGUCAACGUCUAACGUCUUCACUAGUAGUAAAAAGCUCAUCUCCAAAACACCGCCGCUAUGGCCGUGUUUAAGCCUGGGUCGUCCACUGAACCCACAUCUGAAAUCGAACUGACGCUGUCUUGCAGAAACUUAUUGGACUGUGAUGUAUUUUCAAAAUCUGAUCCAAUGUGUGUUGUAUUUAUGAAAACACCAGAAACUACCAAAUGGGUUGAAAUUUGUCGUACUGAAUGUAUUAAUAAUUCUCUAAACCCUAAUUUUGUUACAAAAGUCCAUGUGUUGUAUCGUUUUGAAGUUCAGCAAUUGAUAAAAUUUGAAGUAUAUGAUGUGGAUUCAAACCUGCAUGAUCUGAAAUCCCAAGAUUUUUUGGGAUCGUGUGAAACUACUCUUGGACAUAUUGUAUCUUCGGUAACACUUACUUUAGCUUUAAAAGGAGUAAAAACUAAUAACAAAGGUCAAGUGAUUGUUAAAGCAGAAGAACUCCCGGCAUGUCAUGAUGAAGUCACUUUACAAUUUAAUGGAAAAGAUUUAGAGCGAAGUGAUUGGGUAUCAAAAUUUUUUUCUUGGAUUGCAAAAGCUUAUCCGUUUUUAGAAUUGUUUAAAGUUGGUGAAGAUGGACAGUAUCAAUUAGUAUAUAGAACUGAAGUUGUUAAUUGGACUAAUAAUCCAACUUGGAAACCAAUAACUUUACCUGUUCGUUCUUUGUGUGGUACUGAUUUUGAUAGAGACAUUAAAGUAGUAUGUUAUCAUUUCAAAUACAAUGGAAAUCAUUCCUUAAUAGGAGAAUUUCAUGUUACAAUGAAUCAAUUGAAAAAAGGCCCCGGACCAGAAAAUGACCAUAAAUGUGUCAAACCUAAGUCAUCUAAAAUUUGUGGAAGCAUACGUCUGAAUCAUUUUGACUUGAAAAAGACAUUCACAUUCCUUGAUUACAUAAUGAACGGUACACAAAUAAAUUGUACAGUUGCUAUAGAUUUCACAGCAUCAAAUGGAGAUCCAAAAGAUCACAAUUCAUUACAUUACCUCAGUAACAGACCCAAUCAAUACGAACAAGCACUGGUAGCUGUGGGGGAUAUUAUUCAAGACUAUGAUAGUGAUAAAGUGUUUCCAGCUUUGGGUUUUGGUGCCCGAAUUCCACCACACGGCGAAGUUUCCCAUGAGUUUUUCUUGAAUUUGCAAGCCAGUGAUCCAUACUGUGCUGGAAUUGAAGGUGUGAUCAAUGCAUACCACCAUUGCAUUAGGAGUGUUCAGUUAUUUGGUCCAACAAACUUUAGUCCAGUAAUUAACCAUGUUGCAAAGUUUGCCCAAGCAUACCAAGAUGGAACACAGUAUUUUAUUCUGCUGAUCAUAACUGAUGGUGUUAUAACAGAUAUGUUCCACACUAAACAGGCCAUAAUCAAUGCGUCGUCUUUGCCUAUGUCAAUUAUCAUAGUGGGGGUAGGUAAUGCAGAUUUUGAUGCAAUGGAAGAACUGGAUGCUGAUACGGUUCCAUUAGAGGUCAACGGUGUACGCGCAUCUAGAGACAUUACACAAUUUGUAUCAUUUAAAGAUUUCCAGUCAUGUGAUAAUCCAACUUUAGCCAAGGCAAAUUUAGCCCGAGAGGUGCUUGCUGAAAUACCCAAUCAGAUUGUAGGCUACAUGAAAUCUAAAAAUAUCAUUCCAAAAAACUUAAAAAAAUAAAGUUUUAUAUAUUUAUUAUAAUCACAAGUCUUUAAAUUGUGUGCCACAAUAAAUCAUAUUUAUUCUAUUUCAAUUAAUAUUGUGACAAUUAUACAUUAUUUUAUACUCAUCCGAUUAAUAAUUAAGCCUUUUUACUUCUGUGCUAAUUGCUUACAAAAUUUUUAAUAUUUACUUGAAUUUUUAAAUAAGUCUGAAAACAAAAAACUGUUGAAUUUGUAUGCAUUUAUUCCAAGGAAAUAUUCAUAAUUUUAUUAUAUUAUGAUUAUUAAUAUUUAAAUACUUUACUACCUUUCUCAUUUUGGUUUUGUUUUGUUUUAUUGUUAUUUAAUUAUUUAUUGAUAAGUUUUUUUAAUGUGACUAUGCCAAAUUGCAUAAAAAAUCAAUAAAUUGCAUGGUUAUCUAAAAUUUGAUGGACCACUAAAUAAUGUUUAAAGGACCUUUAGCUACCGUAUAUUUAUUAAUUCGUAAAUGUUUAGUGAUUGUUUAUGCAACUCGGUAGUAGGUUAUUAUAUUAUAUUUAUUUUAUUUAUCAUGUUUUGUUUUAAAUUGUGUUAAAAAAAACUUUUUUUUUUAUUAAAAGAAUAUUUAAAAUCAGUGCUCAAUUCAGCUACAGCUAAAAAUAUUUUUUAUUUUUAAAAAUUAACCAAUAUCUUUUAUACAAAAAAUCCAAAUGAAAUGAAUAUAGAAUAAUUUAGUUUUA